AUGUCAUCCUCUUUGCUGUGGUUGUAUCCACCAUCAGUUCCGCUGAUUAGUGGCAACAUUAUCAAGGUUCUCCAAGUUGCGGAAAGAGACAAACUACCAAUAAAACUCUUUACCGCAGUUCCUUAUGUUAUUGAGCUUUGUGCGGGGCGCGAGGAAGUCAUGAAAAGAAUGGUGGAAAUGGAUAUGGUGGGGGUUGGCGGAGCACCACUAGAAGCAGAGGUCGGCGCAAAGCUGAUCAAAAGAGGGGUCAAGCUUAUCUCGCGAUUCGGAAGCAGUGAAUGCGGAUUUUUAAUGUCAUCCUAUCGUGAUUUCGCCACGGAUCAGAAUUGGGAUUACCUGCGGGUUCUACCCGGUUGCACCACCCUCCGCUUCGAGUCGCAGGAAAAAAACCGUGGGAGAGUUGAGCUUGUUGUCCUUCCAGGAUGGCCACAAAUCGCCAAGCCCAAUCGCCCGGAUGGAUCUUAUGCCACAGGUGAUCUAUUCUUACCGCACCCCACUAUAGAGAACGCGUACAAGUACGAUGGACGUAGCGAUCUCAUAAUUGUGCUCUCCAAUGGGAAAAAAUUCGACCCCACUCACAUCGAAGAGGCCUUCAAGGAAUAUAGCCUGGUAAACGAGGCAAUGGUUUUUGGAAACAAUAGGCCAUUCCCGGGGCUCCUUCUUUUUAUGAACGUUCACCGAGUACUAUUUGGGGAUAUCAAAGAGUAUGUACAAGAGGUCAACCAAAAGACACAUAUCAGAAUAAUGGAAGAAAUGGUCGUUGUGCUGUGUGCCGAUGAGCAUCCCCCGAAAAACAGCAAGGGGACACUUAUGCGGGGAGCUGUUGAUGAGAUAUAUUCUAAGGAGAUACAGAAGGCGUAUGAGAUGUUUGAAUGCCACGGUCCUGGAGAAAGGAUGAAAAUUACAGAUCUUCAGGGCGUAACGGAUACAGUGCGUGCCAUUGUUGGAGACAUAACUGGUAAAGAGGUCGGUGACGAUGCAGAUCUAUUCAAUGCCGGGGUUGAUUCCGUCAUGACUGCGCAGAUACGCAACAGAUUAACAAAGGGUCUGGACAUCCAACAGCCGCUGCCGCUGAAUGUAGUUUUUGAACAAAGGACUAUUGAGGGGAUUGUAAGGUUCAUAACAACCUGUGGGGAGGAGAAUGGGGAUUCUUCUGAUCGGCAAGAGGAGUUGAUGCUCCAGUUGGUGCAAAAAUACACUGACAGCAUCGGUAUACGUAACACGGAUCUAGGGAGGCCUACCGAUACCAAAAAUGGCCAUGUAAUUAUCAUUACUGGUGUUACGGGGGCCUUGGGCGCUCAUAUAUUUAAUCAAUUACAUAAUUCUAGGGAGGGUAUUGCAAAGAUUGUGUGCCUUUGCCGUGCCAGUGAUAAUUCACAUGCACUUUCUCGUGUUGAGAAGAGUUUAAAAGCACGUAAACUACCAGGGCUUGGUGGAGUUGGUCCUAAGGUGAUGGCCGUUGCUGCAGAGCUAGGGUGCGAAUAUUUGGGGCUUGAUAAAAGGAUCUACGACCAACUGAAAAAGGAAGUCACACGGGUUAUUCAUGCUGCUUGGGCAGUUAACUUCGUCGCAUCCCUCGAAAGCUUUGAAAAAGACCAUAUUGCAGGAGCUCACAAUCUCAUAAAUUUAGCACUCGAAUCAACAAAUUGUGCGAAAUUCUACUUUUGCUCUUCUACCGCAGCAGUUCUUGGCGACUUCAAACACCCCGAGACCAUUCAGGAAGCCUUUACGAAUGACCCUCACACCGCAGCACCACUCGGAUAUAGCCGUUCGAAGUGGGUCACAGAAAAGAUCUGUCAGAAAUUAAGUUUCAGAGCUGCGGUAUUGAGAAUUGGACAACUAUGCGGAGAUACAGUGCAUGGUGUAUGGAACGAGACUGAGGCAUGGCCUUUGAUGUUUGCUAGUGCAAAUAUCGUCGGAUGUCUUCCAGAGCUCCAAGAAAAAUUAUCAUGGCUUCCUGUCGAUCAAGCAGCUCGGAUUGUGCUGGACAUCGCGCUAAGCGAUCAUUUGGAUGAGGUUUCAGGCGAUCCAGUAUUCAAUGUAGUGAACACAGAUACAUCAACAUCAUGGAGUAAUGUGCUGGACUGGAUACAAGAACUCGACGAUGCAAAAUUCAAUCGAGUUUCACCUAGUGCGUGGAUUAGGAAAUUAGCCAACGCUAAAUCUGGAACGGCGAAUCCAAGUCAGAAACUUUUGGGUUUGUGGGAAUCAAAAUACGGACAAGAUACAUAUUACAGCACAUCCAACGAUGGAGAGACCUUCGAAUUUGAGACGAAGAACAUGGUGACAUUCUCAAACGUUCUCGGAAAACAUGGGGGUUGGCAAUUACAUAGACAAUAUGUGCAAAACAUUUGGAGAAAUUGGGUACAGACAGGAUUCGUUAAAGUUUAG